UCUCUCUCUCUCUCCCUCCCUUUCCUUGUUUCCUUCAUCUUCCCUUUUCUUUUUCUUUUUCUUUUUUCUAAUUCCCUCCCAGAUCAGGGAUAUUCUUUUUUUUAUAUAUAUAUUAUGCUCUCGGUUGUUUCCAUACAUUUUGAAUGUCUGUCCUAUAACCCUCUGAUCGGUGCUGGUCUGCCGGCUACCCUCGUUCCGUCGUCGUCUUCACUGCCGUCUCUUGUGUGACGUCCUUCUCCCUUGCGUACGCACGACCUGUCCAUACUCACACCAAGGAAUGAAAGCCUCCUUAUAGUCGGUGUGGAUAAACAAGUCAUUGAACAGCAACUUGGGGAUUUCACUUCACCCACCGUGGUUAAACCUUCUACCGAUGGCCGCCCCCGCUCUCUCAACCGGAUUGAUCGAUCCUACCAAACAGGCCGAGUACCCCAUUAUUUUGGGUGACAGGCUCUCAGGUAAAAAUGGCACUUCACUAUCAAAACUGGUCAAUAUCCAAUAUAAUUACAAGACAAAGUCCGCGACCGCACAACAAACCAUUACCAGGUCGUCGCAGUCGAGAGAUCACUACAACCUUACCAUUACGGAUAAAGCACCGAAUGCUGAACAGAACACCUUAACAUAUUCUUACCAAGGCAGCGUUGACCCAGACCAAGCUGUUUCAGAAGCCGAAGAGCGAAACCUGGUAUUGGUGUUCGACUCCCAUCGCAAGGCCUUUGUGCUGGAACCGGUUGCAGCGCAGCUCAACUUUAACCUCCGCUCAGCUCCAGCGAAGACGGAGAAGCAAGUGCUAGAAAAGUAUGAACAGCUUCGGACUUUGCAGGAGGACGACCAAGGCUCAGGAGACGAUCGGGGCUCAGACCAUGCCAGUGGGAACGAUGAUGGCCCAGCGGAUGACAGUAAUCCAUACGACUUCCGGCAUUUCCUUCCCAAGGAGAAUGCCGACGACGACAAGUCGAUCUCAGACAACGCUACACCAGAACCUCAUUAUAACACAAGCAAAGCCAAUACCCCAUUAAUGCCUGCGACUAUCAAGUCCACACCGAGUCCGAAGCCUAGCCCGAAGCCUCGUCCCAAAACCCAGUCCAACCCGCUUCGUCUCCCGAAGCCUGUCAAGCCGGCCAAGCAUGACAGCGCAGGGACCCCUAAGACAAGCUCCAAGCCUAUACCUCGCGAUGAGGACGUGAAAGAGAAGGCUCCUGCUGAAGAUGACACAAUCGAAGCAACCAAAUCCCCAUCUUUCGAAAAUGGAAGCAGCGCUUUGUUAUCCCAACAACCAGCUCCUUCACCUGGGUCUAAUAUCAUCAUUGACGGAGAUCUUAUCAUUGAUAUGGGCUCACCGCCACCUUCUCGUCCUGCAUUCCGAAUUGACCCUGCUCACUUCUCUUCCAAUAAUACACCAGCAAAUGAUGAUGACGAUGAAGAUGAGGAUAUCGAGGAUCUCCGGUUGCCCUCUCCUGCUGGGCACGGAGGGAUACCUGCUCGUUCCGGAAGGGUAGAGCUUAGUCACAACGCACAGGCUGAUGAAGAUGAGGUUGAGGACGAUGACGCCUUAGCGGCAGAAAUGGAGGCUGCGUUUGAAGAAAGUGCUCGGGAAGAGGAGGCCAGGAGUCAUCAGUCAUUACACCAUUACAAUGCUCCUAGUGAUGAUGAGAGUGAAGUCAGCGAGGAAGAGUAAUUCUCCCUUCUUUAUCUUUGCAUUGUUGGAAUAAUUGUGUGUGUGUGUGUGUGUGU